UCUGCCACCCUUCUCGCAAAUCUCUCCAUCUCGCGCUUUCUAUUUCUCUAUCUCUACUGCUGCUGCUACGACCGGGCGCAGAGGGCAUCAGGUUCUUCGAGGAAGAGAGGGAGGCGGGGAGGGCGAAGACCAGAGGGAAAGCCUUUCUCUCUCUGCCUUCCUCUCUUUCUGAGGCCUCUCGGCGGAGAGGAGAGGAGGAGAGAAACGCUUGCGCUUCUUCUUCGUCUUGCUCUUGUUUGUUCUUCUUUGCUAAGGUAGAUCGGGUUUGUCCUUGAGAGGGAGAGAGAGAGAGAUGGCUUCCAUGGGUGCAAGGGCUUUCUUGGUUGCGAUGGUGGUCGUUCUCGCCGUGGCGCUGCCCCUGGUGCAGGCAAAGGGACACCACCCCCAUACCCCCACGCCGGCUCCCGCCAGCGCUCCCCUGUCUGCUGCGCCGGUGAGCAACAUUGCCGCUCCUCCUUCCACUUCCGCCGUCUCCGCUCCCGCCCCUGCACCUACAGGCGAUGGGACGUCGAUCGACCAAGGAAUCGCAUACGUGUUGAUGCUCGUGGCUCUGGUGCUCACCUACCUCAUCCACCCUCUGGAUGCUUCCCCCUACAAGCUCUUCUAAACCAGAGGGCGCAUUGUCUCGUUCGUCCUCGCUGAAAAUCUUUGUUGAGGGAUGGGAAAGAAGAUAGAGGGAGAAGAUACUUGUAUUUACACUCUGUGUAACAAUGGCGGCUUCUCCUCUUUUUGGUCUUGAUGGGUCUUGGGGGCUGAACAUUUGGGUCCUUUUUACUUUUCUGCUUAUUUUAUCUCCUUUUGGGCUUUGUUGAUGACUGAGUAUUUACCAUGGGUAGAUGUUCAUUAUUCUUUUCUCUUC